GCCAUGUAAUCGCUACACAUGAGAUCAGAGAUCUAUAUUUUUUGACAGACCUAUUCUAGGGACUUUCAGUUUAGAACUAGAUAAUUGACAGAUUGAAAAAUUGAACACGUUUCCGCUGCUCCCUGCUCCUUUUUCCUUUUCCUUUCUGUGUCAAGGAAGCAACAUGCCUCCCAAAAAGGACGCUAAGUCGUCUGCCAAGCAGCCCCAAAAGACUCAAAAGAAAAAGGAGGGGUCAGGUGGUGGCAAAGCCAAAAAGAAGAAGUGGUCCAAAGGAAAAGUUAGGGACAAGUUGAACAACCAGGUGUUGUUUGACAAGGCCACCUAUGAUAAGCUAUACAAAGAAGUCCCCUCAUACAAACUAAUCACCCCCUCAGUCGUGUCUGAAAGGCUUAAGGUCAGGGGGUCACUUGCUAGGAGGGCGUUGAUUGAACUGCAACAGAAAGGUGACUCAUUAAGCAAGUUGUGCAACAUAGAGCACAGGUUAUUUACACUAGGACCACCAAGGGUGAUGAUCCAGUUGCGUAAAAUAAGUGAUACUGGUACUUUUAUGUAUAGGAAGUAAUAAAAAGUUGAAAAAACAU